GUCGAUUUCGCAGGCCCAAUUAAUGGAAUCACCUAUCUAGUCGUUGUUGACGCCUUUUCGAAAUGGCCAGAAAUCGUUCCCGUCAUGCCAUCAACGACAACCCAAACGACGCAACUUUUGACAGAGAUGUUCUCCCGCAACGGAUUACCGGAUAUAAUCGUAUCCGACAACGGUUCGCAAUUCACCUCAAGUCAAUUUCAAGAAUUUUGCAAACGCCUAUCUAUCAAGCAUUUCCGCUCUCCACCGUACCACCCACAGUCAAAUGGCCAGGCAGAAAGAUUUGUGGAUACAUUCAAGAGAGCUCUAAUGAAGUCGAAAGGGGAGGGGACGACAGUAGAAACACUGCAGAAUUUCUUGUUUGUUUACCGAACAACACCUAGUGAUAUGCUACCACAGCAGAAGUCCCCGGCAGAGAUCCUGAUGGGAAGGAAAUUGAGGACGACCCAUAGUCUGAUGUGCCCAAGAACCACACCACCACCAUCUCAGACCAAAUCUCAGAAGCUUCCAGCCUACGAGGUCGGAUGCCCGGUGUUUGCUCGAGACUACAGAGCAAAUCAUUGUCCUUGGAUCGAAGCACGUGUGGUCGGAAGACUAGGCCAAGUUAUGUACGAGGUAAAGGUGGGAAGAGACACGUGGACUAGACACCGAAAUCAACUACGGGAGCGGAUAGCCUCAGACCGCCCAUCAAAAGGAGAAAAUCUUCCCCUCGACAUCAUGCUUGAUACCUUCAACUUACCACCAGCCCCACCACGAGAAGAAGCUCAACAACAAGCUGAGCCCCGUCCCAGAAGGUGACCUCUCCGUCAGCGGCGAACUACAGUCAAAAUGCAAGUCGACCCCAGAAAAGUACGCUAUUAAAAAGGGGAGGAGUGU